AUGUCUUCUAAGCCAAAUGCUUACAAAAAGACACGAGCUUCAGCGAGGCAAGAAGCGGGCAACCAUGAUAAACUAGGAGCGGGCAACCAUGAUAAACUAGGAGCGGGCAAACAUGAUAAACUAGGAGUGGGCAAGCAUGAUAAACUAGGAGCGGGCAACCAUGAUAAACUAGGAGCGGGCAAGCAUGAUAAACUAGGAGCGGGCAACCAUGAUAAACUAGGAGCGGGCAACCAUAAUACACUAGGAGCGGGCAACCAUGAUAAACUAGGAGCUGGCAACCAUGAUAAACUAGGAGCGGGCAAGCAUGAUAAACUAGGAGCGGGCAAGCAUGAUAAACUAGGAGUGGGCAACCAUGAUAAACUAGGAGCGGGCAACCAUGAUAAACUAGGAGCGGGCAACCAUGAUAAACUAGGAGCGGGCAACCAUGAUAAACUAGGAGCGGGCAACCAUGAUAAACUAGGAGCGGGCAAGCAUGAUAAACUAGGAGCGGGCAACCAUGAUAAACUAGGAGCGGGCAACCAUAAUACACUAGGAGCGGGCAACCAUGAUAAACUAGGAGCGGGCAAGCAUGAUAAACUAGGAGCGGGCAACCAUGAUAAACUAGGAGCGGGCAACCAUGAUAAACUAGGAGCGGGCAACCAUGAUAAACUAGGAGCGGGCAAGCAUGAUAAACUAGGAGCGGGCAACCAUGAUAAACUAGGAGCAGGCAACCAUAAUACACUAGGAGCGGGCAACCAUGAUAAACUAGGAGCGGGCAACCAUGAUAAACUAGGAGCGGGCAAGCAUGAUAAACUAGGAGUGGGCAACCAUGAUAAACUAGGAGCGGGCAACCAUGAUAAACUAGGAGCGGGCAACCAUGAUAAACUAGGAGCGGGCAACCAUAAUACACUAGGAGCGGGCAACCAUGAUAAACUAGGAGCGGGCAAGCAUGAUAAACUAGGAGCGGGCAACCAUGAUAAACUAGGAGCGGGCAAGCAUGAUAAACUAGGAGCGGGCAACCAUGAUAAACUAGGAGCAGGCAACCAUAAUACACUAGGAGCGGGCAACCAUGAUAAACUAGGAGCGGGCAACCAUGAUAAACUAGGAGCGGGCAAGCAUGAUAAACUAGGAGCGGGCAACCAUGAUAAACUAGGAGCGGGCAACCAUGAUAAACUAGGAGCGGGCAACCAUAAUACACUAGGAGCGGGCAACCAUGAUAAACUAGGAGCGGGCAAGCAUGAUAAACUAGGAGCGGGCAACCAUGAUAAACUAGGAGCGGGCAACCAUGAUAAACUAGGAGCGGGCAACCAUGAUAAACUAGGCACAAAAAACCAUAAGAAACUAGGAUUAUUUUGA